AUGCCCUCACAAUCAAAUCUGAGAGCUGCUCAGGCCGUUGUUCUUUCACGCCAGCGACUUCGCCGCGGUCUCAAUCGUGAUGCUGCCGGCCGCCGAAAGAAGCCACUGACUCUUCGUGCUGCUGAAGCUCGAUAUGCCGGCUCUGCUCGUGCAUCUAUCGGCCGCAUCGUCAAGAGACUUGAGGCUGCGAAUACCGUAGAUUAUGAGGAUGUUGUCGAUCCUAAGAUGGGGCGCCCGCGGCAACUCACGGAUGAGGAAGAAGAAGCUAUCGUGUGUUAUAUCAUCUGGAUGGAAAAGUCAGGCCUGCCUGCCUCCAAGUGGGAAAUAGAAGAUGCAGCACUUACUCUGCGGCGCCGCCGUGAUCCUGAUGCGAGACCUGUGAGCAAGAUGUGGUACUCUCGCUUCCGCGAUGAUCAUCCUGAGCUUGCGAAAUCGAUAUUGAAGUCGAGAGAAGCUUCGCGUGCCGAAUAUGAGGAAGGCGGCGUUGAUGAUACGAAGGAGUGGUUCCAACGCCUCAGCGAUGUGAUGACGAAGUACAAUAUCGGUGCAUCAGAGACCUGGAAUGCAGAUGAAGCAGGAGUUAGAGUCGGAAUGCUACGAGAUAAGAUGGAAUGCCUCGUUGUACGCACCAAGAAGAAGUCAGCAACAGAGGUAUUUUCUCCGCAAGAUCGCGAGACUUGCACAGUCAUCGGCUCAGGCAACGCAGCCGGCGCAACAACGCCCCCCUGGCUGAUCUUCAAGUCGUUGCCAACGCUUGAGUGGGCGUUCAUUGAAGGCGAUCCUGAUAUGCGCUUCGCUCAGUCAGACUCGGCAUUCUCAAGUGCGGCGAUAACGCUCGAGUGGGCGAAGCACUUCAACCGAUGCUCGUGGGAGAAAUCUGCUACUGUACAGAAACGUCAGCUUGAUUUUUGA